AUGGAGGAUAAUACCCCAAGAACUCAAAUGGAGAAAUCAACCAGCAUUUUGAGAAGAUCGAUCUUCACUUUUCUUCAAAAUUACCACUUCUUCACUCUAACACCUGCUCUUCUUGCUUUCCUUUACUCUGUUUCACUUCUUCUUUCGCAAAUAUAUGUUUCAUCUUCUUCUUUGCUUCAACCGAUCCAUGCCCGCCUCGAUGAUCUUUUUCAAGCUUCUGGGUUCCCUUAUUCAUCAGAUUUUUUCACGCUUCUCAGUUUAAAACUUUCCCAAACCAUCUGUUUCUCCGUUUUCGCAUUUCCUUUCACGUUCUCUUUCUUCCUCGUUGCCAAGACCAGCAUUAUCGAACUUUGUUUCCGCCAUGGGAGAACCUCGAAGAAACCUUGGUUGUUUUCAUCGGUUCUUUCACUCUAUAAUCCCCUCCUCGAAACCCAAAUUUUUGAAUUCUUGUGGUGGAUGGAUAGUGACGCCAUGUUUACUGAUAUGGCAUUUGAGGUUCCCUGGGAAAGGUACAAAGACUCCAACUUUGUUAUGCACGGUUGGAAUGAGGAGGUUUAUGAUCAAAAGAAUUGA